UACUAUUGCAUGAUAAUGAAACCGGCUUUGACGUGUCGUUUACAGUGCGGUCUAAAUAUCUAAAUUUGCGACGUGUCGCAUGGGAAACGGGUGUAGAAAUUUAUAUAUGGCUAUAAAGUGAAUCUCUAAAAAAUACAAUUCUUAAAGGAAAGGGGGGAAUAGAAUUUUUUUUUUCUGUUUAAAAGUUGAGUAAAAAGGGUGGAAAAAAAAAAUGAUGCCAAAUAAAAGUAGUGCAUCAAAUCAAAAAAAAAUUAUGUUUCCUGAUAAAAAAUCAUCUUCAUCGUCAUCAACAUCAUCGUCAACAAAGCAAAUGAAAUCAAGUUCAAUUACAAAUGCCGCUGGUUUAAGUUCACUUAUUACAUUUACUGUUUUGCUACUCGCAUGGAUUUCAGGAUUUGCCUCACGUCUUUUUGCUGUUAUUCGUUUUGAAAGUAUCAUUCAUGAAUUUGAUCCAUGGUUUAAUUAUCGUGCUACAGCUUAUAUGGUGCAGCAUGGUUUCUACAAUUUUCUCAAUUGGUUUGAUGAAAGAGCAUGGUAUCCAUUGGGUAGAAUUGUCGGUGGUACAGUUUAUCCUGGUUUAAUGAUAACAUCAGGCUCAAUACAUUAUAUUUUACAUUCAUUAAACAUUCCAAUUCAUAUACGUGAUAUUUGUGUAUUUUUGGCACCAAUAUUUAGUGGUUUAACAUCAAUAUCAACAUAUUUAUUGACAAAAGAAUUAUGGAGUACUGGAGCUGGUUUAUUUGCAGCAUGUUUUAUUGCAAUUGUACCUGGUUAUAUAUCAAGAUCAGUUGCUGGUAGUUAUGAUAAUGAAGGAAUUGCAAUAUUUGCAUUACAAUUUACAUAUUAUUUAUGGGUUAAAUCAGUGAAAACUGGUUCAAUAUUUUGGUCAUCAAUGACUGCAUUAUCAUAUUUUUAUAUGGUAUCAGCAUGGGGUGGUUAUGUUUUUAUUAUUAAUCUCAUUCCACUUCAUGUAUUUGCAUUAUUAAUAAUGAAUCGAUUUAGUAAUCGUUUAUUUACAAGUUAUACGGUAUUUUUUAUAUUGGGAUUAUUAUUGAGUAUGCAAAUUCCAUUUGUUGGCUUUCAACCAAUACGAACAUCGGAACAUAUGCCUGCUGUUGGAGUAUUUGGAUUACUUAUUUUUGUUGCAACUCUGAGAUAUCUUCGGACAAUUUUCACAAAAUCGGAAAUGAAAUAUUUCGGAGGAAUUGUCGUUGUAACGGCAGGUGUUUUGCUAUUGGUUUUAAUUGGUCUAACAUAUGCCGGAGUAGUUGCACCAUGGAGUGGAAGAUUUUAUUCUCUUUGGGACACUGGUUAUGCAAAAAUUCACAUUCCUAUAAUUGCCUCAGUUUCUGAACAUCAACCGACAACUUGGUUUAGUUUCUUUUUUGAUUUACAUAUACUUGUCACCACUUUUCCAGUUGGUCUUUGGUAUUGCAUAAAGCAUAUAAAUGACGAACGUGUCUUUGUUGUUCUUUAUGCAAUAAGCGCUGUUUAUUUUGCCGGUGUAAUGGUACGUUUAAUGUUGACAUUAACACCAGUUGUUUGUAUGUUGGCCGGCGUUGCAUUUAGUGGUGUAUUAGAUCUAUUUCUCAAGGAGGAAAAUAAAGAUGGCGAUGAAAAAGAAGGAAGUGAAAUUGAAAGCGAAGAGGAAAGAGAAAAAAGUCCUGGACGUUCACUUUAUGAUAAAGCUGGUAAAUUACGUAGAAUGAAACAUGAGAGACCAAAAGGUAGUGGCGAUGGACUUGGUGCUAAUUUACGAAAUGGUGUUGUAAUUUUAAUUCUUGUUUUAUUAAUGAUGUUCACAAUUCAUUGUACAUGGAUCACCAGUAAUGCAUAUUCAAGUCCAUCAAUUGUUCUCUCAUCAUAUAGUAACGAUGGAAGUAGAGCAAUUUUAGAUGAUUUUAGAGAAGCAUAUUUUUGGCUUGCACAAAAUACACCGAGCGAUGCAAGAGUUAUGAGCUGGUGGGAUUAUGGUUAUCAAAUUGCCGGCAUGGCAAAUAGAACAACAUUGGUGGACAAUAAUACGUGGAAUAAUUCACAUAUUGCACUUGUUGGAAAAGCAAUGAGUUCAAAUGAAAGUGCAGCUUAUGAAAUAAUGACAUCGCUUGAUGUGGAUUAUGUACUUGUUAUUUUUGGUGGAAUGAUUGGCUAUUCGGGUGAUGAUAUUAAUAAAUUUUUAUGGAUGGUGAGAAUUGCUGAAGGUGAACAUCCACAGGAUAUUCGUGAAAGUGAUUAUUUCACUGAACGAGGAGAAUUUCGAAUUGAUUCAGAGGGAUCGCCAACAUUAUUAAAUUCACUUAUGUAUAAACUUAGUUAUUAUCGAUUUGGUGAGGUGAAAAUUGAUUAUAGAUCACCAUCGGGCUAUGAUCGUACACGUAACGCUGAAAUUGGAAAUAAAAAUUUUCAACUUACUUAUCUUGAAGAGGCAUACACAACGGAACAUUGGCUUGUUAGAGUUUAUAGGGUUAAAAAACCAAAUGAAUUCAAUCGACCUCGUAUUCCACUCGCAGAACGAACUGUAACACGACCAACAUCAUCGUAUAUAAGUAAAAAGUUAUGGGGACGUUAAUGUUUCAGACUUCAAGGCGAAAAAAGGGUUUCAUUAAAAAUCGACCAACCAUUGUGAAAGGACAAAAACCCCAAAAGAAAUCAACGUAACACUUCUUUAAAAAGUAAAUAAUUCAAUUUUUUUUACAAAAAAGAAAAAACAAUCACAGGAAUUAAUUUUUUAAAAUAUUAAAAAAAAAAAAAAUCAUGUUUCAUUUUAUUCAUUGUGAUUGCUUCCAAGACUGCAAAAAGACUUGUAAUUUGAAAAAAUGAGUCUAAAGAAAAAAAAAACUAAUUAUAGCAUUAAGAAAAGACAUUAUUAAUUUAUAAGUUCUUUUCUCAUUCAGAAAUUUGUGCAAAAAUGACAAAUUUCUAUUUCUUUCAUCUAAAGUUGUGAGUGUUUUUUUUUUUAAUUUGUGAUUUAUAAAAUGCAGUAAUAGCAAAAAAGUAAUGAAAUUGAAUGCAUCGAAAAUGUAUAAAGAAUAGAUAUAAAGAGAGUGGAAAUUAAAAAAAAAAAAAAAAAAAAAAUUGUACAUUUUUCUAUAUCACUUUUUGAAAUAUACUUCCGAUAUUUUUUAUACCAUAUUAGGCAAUAUUUUUGCUCUAGCACUAUAAAUUAUCGGUGUGUAAUUUUUCGAAUUUUAUAAAAAUUAAGAUAGAAAAUUGUUCAAUUUUUUUUUUUUUUUUUUUAAAUUCAAAUUUACAAUUGUGUCUCCUAAUGUCCAGUCUUAAAGGCAGUAAAUAUUGUAAGUAGGCAAAAAAAAAAAGGAAGCAAUUUAGAAAAGCUAAAUUGAAAAAUUUUAAAUGCUUUUCAAUAUGCGUGAGUGUGUUCUUUAAUGUAUCACACAACUUGUAUUUGUUACGAGAUAAACAUUAAGAAUAAAACAUUCUUGUUGUUGGAAAUAAAAAAAAAAAAAAAUAGAA